CGGCAUCAACGGCUUCUCCAUGUCCGGGAGCAUUGCGCUACGGAUGUUCGGGACUGUGGGUGGUGGAGGUUCUUCUGGAUCGAGUGGGGGUAAGCGACGGCGGGGGGACUCCCGCUCCGCGGGUGGGGACUCCAAACGCCGGUCGAAAGUGUGUUUCGAAUAUCGCGACUCCCAAACAUCCAGGUGGGGCGACUCCAGCGUGUUCCGCCGUGCGACUGGGGGCGGCAAGGGUGGCGGCGGCGGCGGCGGCGAUGGCGACCAGGGUGGCCGUAAGGGCGGCGGUGGGGGCCGCGCUUCGGGUGGAGGGGGAGCCUCGGGCGCCGCGGCCGAUGGCGGAAGCGGCUCGUCGGCGCUGGUCGUUCGCCGGGGAGAUGGCAGCAACUGAGGACACGGGCUCUGCCUUUCGGCGGGGCCAACUCCACAGUCGUGUGGGAGCGUAGAUCAGACAGCGAGGCCGGGUUCCAGAGCGCUUGGGGCCGCCGCGUUGGCGGCGGCGGGCGUGGGCGUCGAUCGAGGGGCGUGUGUGCCCGGGGCUGUCUCUUCGUUGCUACCAGGAAGUGGAGUUGAAUCGAGCCGGGCAAGAGAUGUGCUCUGCCGUACUGGGGCCAGUCUCGUCCGCCAGUCACUUGCGCGAACGUCUGAACGAACUUACCUGGGCCUUUUUGGAGCCUGGGUGAAAUAUCGUGUGAUCGUGGUGAACCGGCCGGUUUUUAUUGCGGCCGAGGUUGUUACGCGUGAUGUCGUUGCUCAAUUGCUUGAGUACGUCGCGUAUUGUUUUUCCGUUUUGGGUCUACAACAAUCGACGAUCGCCAGUCAUUUGUCCGCUAUUAAGUUCUUCCAUCGUGUGUCGGGUGAAGGGGAGCUUGAUACGCAGCAUCCGCUGGUGCGUUGUGCUUUACGUGGGGCGGCGCGGGGGCAUGCCGACGUGGGCACACAGCAGCGGUUGCGACGGCCUGUGUCUUGGGCGAUGUUGCAACGGGGGAGUUCGCUGGUAUCGCAGUGGGGGGUAGGCGGGCGCGUUUUGUUUCUUGCGCUGAGUGCUUCUAUCUUCUUCCUGACGCGAGCAUCCGAGAUGUUUGCGGUGUCGAAAUUGUCUAUGCAUGAGGUUCAUGGAUUGCGUCGGGGGGACGUAGCGUUUUUUCGGGGGUCGGUCCAGCUGUUGCAGUCGGCGCAGUGGCCAUUGGCCGAUCGCGUGGAGGUACGUUUUCGUUCGUCGAAAGGGGACCAGUUUCGGAAGGGGGCGGUUUGCACGCGCACACGGCAAGGUCCGUGCUGUGGGGUUGACCGAGGGGGUGGUGCAGUGGAUGUCAUGGUGGAGCUGCUUUCUCUGUAUACCUUUUUGCCUUCGCAUGCGCCUCUCGUGGCUUUCGGUGUUGGUCAGGGCCAGUGGGCCAUGUGGACUAAGUGUCAAGCUACUGUGGCUCUUCGCCAAGUGGUUGCGUUGGCGGGUUUGCAGCCCGAGGAGUACGCGCUGCACUCCCUGAGAAUUGGGGGCGCAACUUUCUUGGCGGCGGGGGGUGCCUCGCCGGAGGUUCUCCGAAGAGAAGGGCGUUGGUCGGGGGAGAGUAGUUACCAGUGUUACGUUCGGAAUGUUGGGGGUGAGGCUUCGUGGGUGUCAGAGGUGUUGGCGAACAAGGAGAAGGUGACUUCACAGCCAGGGCAGGGUACCCGAUGGGGUGACGUGUGAAGGAGUUCCGUGGCACGUUGUGUAUGUCGAGAUCCUUGUUGUACCGAUGGUAUUUUG